GGCGGCGGCGGGCCCGGGCCAGGUCCAGUCCAGUCAAGACCAGCCUAAUACAAAAAUCAGCCCGGUAAAACGAUGAUUAAAACCGGGAAACGCGGACGACAGCUAGUGUGAACGGAAGGGGCCCCGCCCCGUCGUCUCCGCGCAGAGAGAGAGGGAGAGGCGUGUGAAUGGGCAGAAAAGUAAGAAACGUCAGGCAGCAGCUGCAACUGCAGCGGCAUCCACCGGCGAGACGAGAGCGAGAAGAAAACGAAACGAAAAGCGGGGCGAGGCCACGGGCCAGACGCCAGAGGAAGGUCGCGUGGCAGAGCACGCCACCCAAAAUCAAUCCAGGCCAGAAAGCGAGCCGGGCGUCCGCCGCGUCACGGGCGUUGCUAGGCGGGAGAGGGCGGCGGGACGAUGGAGGCGGGCGGCGGGGGAGGAGGGUUCAGGGACGAGCGGGUGCCGCAGUGGGGCGUGCAGGAGACGCGGGAGCUCAUCGCGGCGCGCGGGGAGCUGGAGCGGGAGGCCGCCGCCGGCCGCAGCGCCAAGACGCUCUGGGAGGCAGUGGCCGACGCGCUCCGGGCGCGCGGGUACCGCCGCACCGCCGACCAGUGCAAGUGCAAGUGGAAGAACCUCGUCAACAGAUACAAGGGGAAAGAAACAUCUGAUCCAGAAAAUGGUAGACAGUGUCCCUUCUUUGAAGAAUUACAUGCAGUCUUCACUGAACGUGCUAGAAAUAUGCAACGUCAACUCCUUCAGUCUGAAUCGGGAACUUCAGUUAAAAAGAAAUUAAAGCGACCUAGCGGUGACCGGUCAUCUGGGGAGUCUGAUGACAAUGAAUAUGGCGUUGAAGUCAGCGAUGAUGAGAAACCCAUGAUAAGCAAAAAGCGGAAGGCCAGUGAUAAGGGGCAACCAUCGCAACGAAUGGCGGAAAACUCAAGGACCGGCAGUUCAAGCAUCCAUGAUCUGUUACAGGAAUUCCUAGUGCAGCAACAGCAUGUCGAUAUGCUGUGGCAUGAGACGAUGGAGCGGCGCGCCCAGGAGCGGCUCAUUUUCGAACAAGAAUGGAGGCAGUCGAUGCAGAAGCUUGAGCAGGAGAGGCUGAUGCUGGAGCAGUCAUGGAUAGAGCGUGAGGAACAGCGAAGGAUGAGAGAAGAAGCAAGAGCUCAGAAAAGGGAUUCGCUCAUGACCACCCUGCUGAACAAACUCUUACAAGAAGAUCUAUAGAAGGCGAAGCUUCUUCGUCAACGGGUAGAUAAUGUACUAGACAUCAUUUUUCUUACCAUGGUUCAUCGAUUCUUUUUAGCUAUUGUAACAUGCUGUUGUCCAGAAGAUGAUGUUUGAUGCAGCUUAUUAACUUUAUAGGGCUCAUUUGCAAUUCUUUACCGGGGUUAUAUUUAUAUACUAAUUUAUUAGAGAUGUAAGUAUAAGAGAUAGGUGAUCUACUGAUCUAUGUGAUUUUCAGAGACAUUAGACUUUCAGGCAUCAGUCGUCUUGCGUGAA